UCCCCGCAGAGCAGCGGGCAGUGAACGGCGGAGCGCGCAACCGGACCAGCUCGUUAACUUGUAAGCUUCCUAUUUUUUUGUCACCCUCUCAUUCUCGGGCAGCUUCAGCAGCAGAAGAGACCCCUCCAGCAGUCAGACAGCCUCAGACUGGUCGUCAUCGUCUGUUUUACUCCGGAGACUGCGGAUUUUAUCCCUGAUCGUUUCCAGUGGAUACCGACAGCGCGCACCGCCUCCCGAUAAACAAAGUGAACGGACAUUAAGUCUGCUGUUAUUUGUGUCAUAGCUGGGAAAUAAAAAAAAUCCUCUACCCGUGUGUCGGUCUCUGCACCGGUCAGACUUGGAAAGAGCAACAGUCUCCACCGGCGCAUCAGUGAGGUAGAAAAGCCCUACAUCAAGCUGCAGCCAUGGAUGAGAUGGACCUGCCCCAGAUGAAGAAGGAGGUGGAGAGCCUCAAGUACCAGCUGGCCUUCAAACGAGAGAAGUCCUCCAAAACAGUGACUGACUUGGUAAAGUGGAUAGAGGACGGCGUCCCAGAGGAUCCCUUCCUGAACCCGGAGCUGAUGAAGAACAACCCGUGGGUGGAGAAAGGAAAGUGCAUCCUUCUGUAGAAGAAACCAACCACCCUACCAUGACCUUUCAACUUUAACUGCCCUGACCAACACACACCUACAGAUGACCCCUGAACCCGACCCUCCUGGUCCGGCCUGUGAAGGCCACAGCCCGGCAGCGCCUCUUAACCUCUCACCAUGAAUGUACAACAGCUGAUGUCCCCCAACUUCACCCGAACACACACCCCAACAAGGGCACAGAAAAACACACUGAUUGAGACAUACACUCACACACUAUCACUUCUAACUUUGGGGUUUUCCCCGACUGCCACAUAUUCACUGCAAGUUUAUUCCUGCCACGGCAAUGCAUCAUUACUAUGAUAUAUGACAAUGAUGAUCAAUACUCUUAUUACAUGUCUCUAUAUGGAUAUAUGAUGACUUAUUUAUGCAGCUGCUAGUCACACGCUUUUCUCUCUUCAUUCACUAUCUCUACUCUCAGUUUUUUUCUCCUUACAUUUUUGAUUAAUUGUAAUAAACUGUAGAGUCACAACUCUCACUGCCAGACUGACCGUAGAUCUGCUGGGGUAAUUUGGUUCUGUGUCGACAUACGAAGCACUUACAAAAUGUUCACUAUAAUAACACCAAAACAAAUCUUUGGUACUUGUUUAAUUGGAGGUUAAUAGAUUGGGCAAGUCUGUGGUUGACAAAAUAACCUCUUUAAAGUUGUUAGCACCUCAUUAAAACUAAAUCUAAUUUAAUUCAUUAAAUCUAUAGCAACCUAUAAUGAUUUAAAAUUAAAUGAAAAUCAUUUAUACAGUAUACUUAUACACCAAGAAUUUGCUUGUGUUCGCUUACAGACUAUGGUUUUAAUGUUAUACAAGACCCCCAAGUGAAAAACGGACCUUAUUACAAAUGUAGAGCCUCUAUAUCUCGUAAAUGAUAUGAUCUCUUAAUGUGCAUUUGCUCAAAAGUUAAGAAAAAAGCUUGUUCUUAAUCAUAAAGCUUUUGGACCAUUUUUAUCUCAUCCACUGUUGUCAUCACAAUUGUAGAUGGGAUUUAAUCAGGGCUAAAGACUAAAGAUUUUCAUGGUCGACUAACAGUCGUUAGAUAAAGCCAAUAGUCCACUAGUUGUUGCAUGUCUGUUUUAUUAAUUUAAUUAUUUAACUAAAUAUAUAUCUAUACUUUAACAGCCGUUUGCUUAAUGCUAAUGGAAAAAAUGGUAAUGAUUCAACUUUCUGAAUGUAAAGUUGUGCGGUUACAUUAUGACUUCCAACUGGAAAAAAACAAACACUCACUUAUCGACACGAUGGAUGUCAUCGUGUGUGUUUCGUCUCCGGAGUCAGAGUCCUGGUUGGAGCCACUGUAAAUCACCUGACCUCUGUCAGUCUUAGAGGCUGUGAACCUGGUUCCGUCACUGGCUCUGGUUCUGCUGCUCAUUCUCCUAUGCUAGUUCUUAUGCUAGUAAACAAACUUCCCCCUGUCCUUUGAGCUCCCAGUCCAGGUAGAUACUGUGUUACAAGAGCAAAGGUCUGUGGUCGACUAAGACGGUUUAGGGGGCAGCCCUAGAUUUAAUACACUUUUUUAAAGAUUUAGCUACAUAUAUGCAUCUCCACUGGCCAGAUUACAAAUCGGAUUAUAACCCAUAUUGGUUUUCCUGUGCUACAUGUAAAUCAAGGCUGGCUUUACUCCAGAACGUUGUAGAGAAAAGAAGGAUAGUUUGAACACUGUAGAAAUUUAGUUACGAGUAAGUGUUCCAUUAGCUAGCAAACAACUAUUCGUACGCUUACACAAACAAGUGAAGGAAUCAUAUUUAGUGGUUUUGAAGUUGGAUGUCAGUCCAUCUCUAAUGCUUCUUGGGUGUAUUUAAAUAGUUUUUUGACACAUGAACUGACUGAGUGUAAAUAGUAUUUGCAUUCAAGACAUAUCCCAUCCAACAUGGGGCAGUUGUAAUACAUUUUAUACCCAUACUGCAAGCCAUUGUAACAGUACUGUAUGAAUAAUCCUUAUUACAAUUCUAAGUCAAUAGGUUCUUAUGGUGCGUUUACAAAUAAUAUAAGCAUGUUUUUUUUUGUUAGCUAAUUAUACUUAUCUUUUAAUAUGUUAACCACAAACUGUUAGAGAACUGAUUUUUUUAAAGACAAAGAAAUUAAUUCCAAAGAUUUGUUGGUUAAGGUGUCAGUAUGCUCAAAAUAAACUAGUUUGUAUGGUGUGUCGGCAAAGACAAAAGUGCUUGGGGCUGAUCCAAACAUCCAUGUCACAGAGACAAUGGACGGCAUUACACAGAGGACACGAAGAACAUGCAUGAAUUAAGAAAAGUUCCUAGUGUCAUCAAAAUUAGCCUUGUUUUCAGUUCUUACAGCUAUCGUCCCAUUGUGACUCCUACAGUUUUCAUAUGUAGUUUUGAUUUCAUACAGUGCCGCAAAGCAUGGUUAUCAUAUUAACAAUCUGAAGAUCUGCAACCAGUGUUGUCUUGCUUCAGUGUCAUUGGGUCAGAAAGCGUCAUAGCAGCUCUGUUUGUGUUGUCACAAAGCUAUGGGUCUCUGGGGGAGGGGGUUGAGUGUACUGCUCAUUCUCCUCCUUAGCUACAGCCCCUAAGGACAACACACAGACACCCAACAUGCAAACGAAUAAUCCACACAUGUACAGACAGACCCCUUUAACUUAUUAACUUAUUGAUCGAUACGUUUAUUUAUUUAUUUAUUUAUUGACGAGACCUUUCUCUCAUCUUAGUUUUUGUUUUCCCAUGUCUGCACUCCCUCUUCCUCAUACCCCAUUUGAAAGAAAAAAAGAAUAGAAAAGAAAAUGACCAAAAAAUCGACUACACCUUGCCAGAUCACCAUCUACUACUGCCUUGUACACAGUUUCCUUAAAACGAGAAUGUAAAUAUGUGGCAUGAUCACCGCUGACCUCAGAACUGGCCUGCGUGUGAGUGAUCAUCUUUAAAAUAUCAUCUUUUUGAAAAAAAGGUGCAUUUAUUUGGAUGUUAGGCUCCCUUGCAGAUUGUGAAACACACAGAUGUGCAGCUGUGUAACACACACACAGGCAGGCCUGAGGCCAAGCAGAUCAACAAAACACACACACACACAGCUUAGUGAGAAUGUGUAUGAGGGGAGGAGUGGCAAGGAUGUGGGAUUCUGUAAAUGACUUGGGACAGGGGAGCCUCACAUCAUCUCAGUACUGUAAUGAGUCUUAUUAUGUACAUUUUCUUCAAGAUGACCCAGUUCCCGAAAGGCUACUCAGUGCUCAGAUGACUUUGGUCCUAUUAUUUGUAACUGCAAAUAUUUGAUUUUCCUCUUUUUAAAAAAACAAACAAAUUUGAACAGUGACAUGCUCCAUGACUUGCUAAUAAUAAAUUAUUUUUAUUAAACAUGCCUACAUUUAUCUUAGAACUGUAAAACUUCCUGUAAAAUAAAUUAAUUUAUUAAAAUAUGUAUGGGGAACACAAUUACAAAUGCAAUUGUAUCACUGUACCUGAAGCGAGGCCAGUGAAUUUAAGAUUUCCAGUACUACAAUAAGCAUAUAUGCAACAUGAUGACUCCAAUUGGAGCCAUUUUAGAAGUUCCAUUCAGUGAGAGGCAUGUACAAUAUGCAUCCCCCUAUUUUGGACAUUAUGUUUUAGUUAUUUUAAAGCUGCAGUAGGUAACUUAUUAAAAUAUUUUUUUGUCAUAUUUGCCGAAACUUUCACUAUAUCCUGACAGUAGUACAUGGGACAGAUAAUCUGUGAAAAAAUCAGGUUCCUCUGGCUCCUCUUAGAGCUCCUAAUGUUAUGUGCAAGAAUCCAGCAGGCCUGAACGAAAACAACCAAUCAGAGCUGUGAAAGACAGUUGAUUGCUGAGUUUUAUUUUAGGUUGUCAAAUACCGACGGUUGAGGGGAAUCAGCAAUCUUUAAGCCACCAACCCAAAGUGUCCUGAGAAUGAGACUCACCACCUUGGCUCUGAUUGGUUGCUUUUGUUCAGGCCCGGUGGAUUCUUUCAAAUACUAUUAGGAGCACUAGGAGGAGCCAGAGGAACCUGAUUUUUUCACAGAUUAUCUGUCUCAUGUUCUACUGUCAGGAUAUAGUGAAAGUUUCAGCAAAUAUGACAAAAAGUUAUUUUCACAAAAGUUACUUACUUUGUAGCUUUAAAGGUUUACGUGAUGGAAAGUACAAUGUUAACUAGCUGACAGAAUGAUACUAAAGCUUUGUGUUAAAAUAUAGCCUUGUAAUUUCAUGAUAAAUGCAUGAAAGGGGACUUUUAAAAUGGCUUCCAAAGUACGAGGUUCAGGUUUCAGGUUUGUAGCUUUUCCAGUGUUAGGCUCAAGUUUAUUCUCUCCUCCAACAUUACAUUUUUAGCUCUUACAAUACCACUGGAAAAGCAACAAGUCACAGGGGCCUCGCUCCCAAAGUACAUGAGAGGAUUGCCAAGUCUGCCUGUCCCUUGUCUGUUUUCUGUUCAGCAACUGUAACUUUAUUUGUUUGGUUUGUUUUUAUAUAAUCUGAACGUGAGUACGUAUGUAUGUUAUUACUAUUAUUAUGACAGCAUAAAAUCUUGUCUAAAUAUCUAGCAACAUAUUCCUUGUGAGAGUGCUUUGGAAAAAUUAUUAUGCAUCAGAUCAAGUCCUAGAGUAAAGAUGACAAUGAGCAAUAAAUUAAAGAUCAUUUUUUAUUGAAUGUUUUACAAAAACAUUUAUCUUACUGAAUAAAGUAGAAGAUUUUUAGACAA